AUGGACUUUCAGUUCAAAUACGCAUGUUCCUGCAAAAGUCAAAAUAAACUUACGGUCAGCAUUUUACACGACACCAACUAUCAACUGCGAAUGAAAGAUCGGUUGAACACAAUCGUCGAUCAAUCUUGGGAUGAAGCAGAUCCGGAAAUCCUUUCCAAACUGAUGUUUGUUCCAGAUAAUAUCAGCAUAUUAGGCAACCAAACUAACCCGUCGGCCUGCAGGGAAACCAAUCCCAUCCUUCACAGCUGCGAAAAGGAUCUGGCGAUCAUGAAAUGUAUUAGCAAACAUAUUCCGUCCGGAAGUACUUGCCCUUGUGAAGUAAUUAGCAGCAGGUUGUCCACAAUACUCGAUGCCGGACUAGGAGAAAUUAAUAUAGAACCCGUACCAGAACAAUCUUUGCUCGAGAAACUGCAACUGUUGAAGCCAUUCGUUCAAGCGUUUAAAGAAGACGUCUCGCUAACUAACUUCUUGAUAAGGUUAUGGAAACUUGCGAUCCGAUUCUACUGUCCCAGUCUUAUAAAAUCCCUCGCACAGAUAUACCCGCAGUUCCUCAGCGCUCUCGUUGAUGAAUUGAUGAAAAUUCAAGACGCAGGAUAUGACACGCUGCAUUCAUUGAAUGAAUUUAAAUUCUUAUCACGUUGCCUUACGAUAAGCGAAUCCUUUUACGCUACACUAUCCUACCUGACCAAUCAAAGUCGUGCUCGAGCCCAACCAUUAAUAAGCGCUUGUAUACGUGCCACCAAGGAUCAGCUGUCGAGUAAAGAAUACUUUGCCCUGUUCCCGAUGCGAAUCAGGCCAUACGCUAUCGUAAUGAACGAAGUUAUAAAUCCCAACGAUCCUGACCUUGAAAUGCUUAUCGUUCAGUUGAAAACAGAGCAUCCCCGUGACUACAGGAUGCUCAUUAUGAUUUCUCCGGUUUUCUGCUGCCUGGACGAAGCAUUGCCAACAAUGGAUAAUGAGCAUACAGAGAGAAAUGUGAAUUAA